UAAUAAUUAUUAUUAAAAGUGGUGAAGUGAAAAAGAAUUACAUAAAGCUAAAAGUUUUAUUUUAUUAAUUAUAUUAUCACAGAAGACACAUAACGCCAUCUAUAUUCAUAUAACGCAACUAAUUUUCAAAACACAAAAGCUAGGUUAUGUUUCAUAACCAAACUUGUGUACUUUAUUCACAUUCAAUUAAACAACGCUUAAAACACACUCCAAUGCAAACAAAGUGAUAAAAAGGCAAAACACCAAUAAAUCGACCACAUUUACCGAUGAAAAUGACUGGAAUAGUGCAGUAUGUAGUGGUACGAAGUGAUUUACUGAAAGAGUUAAACUGGCCAGUAGGGGCAGUUUUAGCGCAGGCCUGCCAUGCUGUAACAGCCGUAACGCAUCUUUAUCACGACGACGAACAUACGCAGGAGUAUUUAAAAGAUCUCGACAACAUGCAUAAAGUUGUAUUAUCAGCUCCCGAUGAGAAGAGUAUAAAAGAUUUGAAAUGCAAGCUUGAAGAGGGUGAUGUCAAGCAUAAAUUGUGGAUCGAGCAGCCUGAGAAUAUUCCAACUUGUUUGGUAGCCAAGCCGUAUCCCAAAGAUGAGGUGCAGAAGUAUUUUAAGAAGUUUAAACUUUUUAAGGUGUAAAUUUUACUUUACUUGUGUAUUUAUUAAAUAAAAUGUCAAGAAUUUUGUUAUGUAGGUUUUAAAUCAUACUAAACGUUUAAAUAAAAAUUUAAUACACUUAAAACAAAUACAAUUAAACAUGCA